AUGUCCGCCGCUUCUCUCUCUCGGUCUCGUUCCCGGUCUGGCAAACGCAGCCGCGAAGCUGAGGGCAAAGCCACGAAGUCGCAUGGGAGGGGGGAACUUGAGGAUCGAAACCAAGGGAACCGCAGCGAUCGCAGGGGGAAGCGGCGGCGAGGAGACAGGCGGAGACGAGGACGAAGCAGAGGCCGCGGCCGACGGCGUCAUCACAAGGGCCAUCGACGUCGGCGUGGUCGUCGACGAAGCCGCGAGCGUCGAGGUAGGCGACGACGCGAUGCCCACAAAAGCCGCAGGAGGCGGCGAGCUGCCAUGUCUGCAGAUGUCGAUUCUGAUGACGAGGAAUCCAAGGAGGUAAGUGAAGAAGAGGAGGAAGAGGAGGCCAGUGAGAACGACUCUCAGGAAGCUUCUGCAGAGGCAUCGGAGGAGACGAAGGGAUCCGCCGAGGAGGACGCUGCAGAUGCUGAGGCAGCGAAGGCAGUCGAAGAAGCGGAGGCAGAGGUUCAGGUUGCUCAGAGCUUGGCAACGGAAGCUGAGACGAAGCUUCGGGCUGCUGAAGCACAAGUCGGCCAGAUCAUCAACAAGCAGGUGUUGGAGGCCGGGCUACAGGCACGUCUAGACCUUGACGAGCAGCUACUUGGCGCAAUCCUUUUCUUUGACUGCGGCGUGUCAGACCAGACUGAGGGCGGAGUGGUGCGAGGAGAUUGCGAAGUCAGUGCACUGUAG